ACCAAAAUUUUUGUCCUGGUUUUUUUAUAUGCAGUCUAAUUUACUAUUCUGUGAUGGUAAUCAUUUAAUUGUGGCAACCAAUAGCAAAAUUGUCGCAACUUUGCGUAAACAAAUUAUUGGUCUGACAAUUUUUGCUGUUUAUUUUGAUCGUGCACUGGGAAAUAAUUGUUUUAGUUUAUUUACCGUUUACCGGUGUCAACGUCUACGCUAUGUUGGAUCAAGCAAUACAAACUCGCAAGAAAUUCAAACGCCUGCCACACCUUCAGGGAAGUCCAGUACUUCAGGAUUAUCAAAAGUCGAAGACAAGAAAUCAAGGGUUCUGUUAAACAUAUUGCCAAAAUUGCCAUCAAAUGAUUCCCUGAACAAUAGUUCUGGCCCAGCAAGCCCUGGACUUCCACAUGAAAAAUUUGAUAGUACCGCCCUCACAAAUACUGAAGGGCUUCAUUCCCCUGAAUCAUGUACAAAAUUAAUGAGGAAAGAAUCAUACAAAGCUCAAAGAAAGAAUUAUCGUAAAGAGAAAAAACGAGUUACCAAUGAACUUUUAAAUUCUCUAAAAGAUCCUUCAGUAAUUGUAUUAGCUGAUUGGUUAAAAAUAAGAGGCACUCUGAAGUCCUGGACUAAAUUGUGGUGUGUUUUAAAACCCGGCCUAUUGGUAUUAUAUAAAAGUCCAAAAGGCAAGAGCAGUCACUGGGUUGGUACAAUUCUUUUAAAUUCCUGUAAAGUAAUUGAAAGGCCCAGCAAAAAGGAUGGAUUUUGUUUCAAAUUAUACAAUCCGUUAGAUCAAACAAUUUGGGCUCCAAGAGGUCCCGAAAAUGAAACAAUAGGGGCUGUUGUACAACCGCUACCCAGUUCAUAUUUAAUAUUUCGAGCUCCUAGUCAGGGUUCUGGAAUGUGUUGGCUUGAUGCGCUAGAAAUUUCUAUAAGAAAUGAUGGGGCAUUAGUUAGGUCUGUCAGUAAUAAAUCAGCGUCGGGUAGUGCAAACCAUGAGACUCAAUGGUCGGAAACUGACUAUGAGAAGCAUUUUGUCCAUGAUUUAGAUAAUAUUAGCCAGCCAGAUAACGGGGGCCAAUUGAGUGCUGGUGAAGUCGACAUUACGGACUCAGACUCAGAAGUUUCUGCCAAGGAAGAAGAAGUUGAUGUUGAUCCACCAGAGACUCCAUAUGUUCCUAAUGUUGAAGAAGAAUUUGGCGACGUAGGAGCUCAAGUGGAAGAACUGGCUGAAGAGCACAAAUCCCUCAUUUGGUAUCUUGUGAAGCAGGUGCGUCCAGGAAUGGAUCUUAGCAAGGUUGUUCUGCCUACGUUUAUAUUGGAGCCGAGAUCUUUCCUUGACAAACUGUCGGAUUCUUAUUACCAUGUCGACAUUCUAUCACAAGCAGUUCUUGAGGAUGAUGCCUUUACUAGAAUGAAACUUGUUGUUAGAUGGUAUCUUUCCGGUUUGUACAAAAAGCCCAAAGGCUUAAAGAAACCAUACAAUCCUAUUCUUGGGGAAACCUUUAGAUGCUAUUGGAUGCAUUCAAACAACUCUAAAACAUUCUACAUCGCCGAACAAGUUUCUCAUCACCCACCGGUAUCAGCUUUUUAUGUUACCAAUCGACAAGAUGGGUUUGCAAUCAGUGCCAGCAUAUUAGCCAGGUCUAAGUUUUAUGGUAAUUCUACAUCCGCUUUACUCGAUGGUACUGCGGUUUUAACCCUAUUGCCACGGGGGGAGGAUUAUAAGUUAACUGUGCCCUAUGCGCACUGUAAGGGAAUUUUAAUGGGCACAUUGACCAUGGAACUUGGUGGGAAAGUGACAAUAGCAUGUGAAAAAACAGGGUAUUCAACUGAAAUCGAAUUUAAAUUGAAGCCAUUCCUCGGAGGUGCCGAGCAGACAAAUUGUAUAACGGGUAAAUUAAAGCUAGGCAAGGAAACACUCGCAACCAUCGACGGGUACUGGGACGGAACAAUCUACAUAAAAGACAAAAGAACAGGAGAACAACAGGUCCUGUUCGCAUCAACUCAGUCCAUACGGAAGCAAAGGUUAACUAGGUAUUUGGUACCUCUGGAUAACCAAGCAGAAAAUGAAUCCGAAAAACUAUGGCAGCACGUAUCGGCUGCCAUUUUGCGGGACGAUAUGGCCGCUGCGACGGAAGAAAAGACAUCGCUCGAAGAAGCUCAAAGAGCAAGGUCAAAAGAAAGGAAAGUGAAAUGUGAAGAAUGGACGCCGGUCCAUUUUCAACAAGAUCUAAAAACUGGGCAGUGGGUGUACAAACACUCUGAUCUGAGACCCUGGGACCCUAGAAAUGAUUUGUACCAGUACGAGUAUAAUUAUCAAAUUCUUACGCGCACCAAGCAUCCCACGCCGAUGAUCAGAACUGCCAGCAUCAUUAGCGUGGAUCCCCAACAGGUCGAAUCUCGGGCAACAUCCAAAGCAAGCAGAAAAAAAUUGGCAACGAAACAGGUAUCAUCCGACGUUGAUUUAAUUGACAGCGGAACAUCGUCAGAGGAAUUUCACUCUGACUCGAGUCAUUCAGCGAAAAAAACAAAAAAUUCUUUGACCACCACAAAUUCGAGUAUAAUGUUGGCAAUCCAUGAUUUGGAACAAAGUUUCAAGGAGCUGGACGGGAAAAUCAAUCAGGUCCAGGUAAAUGUAAAUCAUUUAAUCAGCCUGAAUAAAAAAACCAAUGAGAUUAAUAAUAGUAGAUUGUCAUUGUUAACGGUAUUGUUCGCCAUGUUCGGGUUUUUGGAAGCCAUUAUAUUUUAUAUAUUCAAGAAGUGAAUUUUCCUUCUGCAAUUUUUUGUGAUACGCUAUGAUUUUGUGCUUUUGAAGCUUUCGUUUUAAUUAUAUAUAUUGAUUGUCUAUUGAAUAAUUUAUUUUUUGAAACUUGCCGAGUGCGUCAUUUUUAAACUUGCCAUUUUUAUUAUGUAUUUGUAUAGCGGCAUUUAUUUAUAUUUCCGGUUAUUUAACUCGCGGCGUUGUAGUUAUGAAAUUUAUCGAAUUCUUAAUACGUUUUAACAAAAUUAGUACAUCCGAAUUUGAGUCGUCUGAACCAAAAACGGGAAGAAUUUCAAGUAUAAUUCAACUUCCGGUUUUUGUGAAUUGAUCAGGUUACAACGUUUGCGACAUUUAAAAUUAAUAUAUUAUAUGCUUUUUGAAGAGUUGUUCCGGUGAUUUUGUGAUAAGUUAUUGAUAACAUGUAUUAUCUGUAGCUUAGUAUAAAUCAAAGUUAACUCCCUACCUCCUACAAAAUAUUGUUGGGACGAUUGUUUCGCCGAAUAAACCGAAUUUUUCGGAUACCAUUUUAUGGUGGUAACAAUCUUUAAGGUUUAAAUUACAUUAAGGUAUAGUGCUUAUAUACUUUGUAUAGGCAUGAUAUUAGUUCGAAAAUCGAAUGGAAUUGUAGGAACUCUAUAAUCUGGCAACAUGUCCGACAUGCAUUUUAAAUCUUGAAUAUUACUUACAACCUUUUUCUACAGUCUAAUAGAGAAAACACAAAUUUCUAGUCUUACAAAUAUGAAACUAAUUCUCUCUCACACAAAUAUUUUUUAUUCCCCACGGUUAUAUUAUUAUACGUUGAUUUUACUAUACAAUUAUGCCUUAA